CCUAUUGACAUAGCGUAAUCGAUCGUAGCACUCCAGCAAUGCAAACUCGCACAGCAAUUGGACCGGRCCGUAUGGCGAUCCAAUCGAAGGUAAUCCGGGGCGGUGUUACCCGUAAACGAUGUCUAUUGAUCAACCCGUCGCAUCGGGAGCCAUCGAUUUCGGCAUGUCAAAACUUCCAAUCCGACUCGUCACUGUUCGUCGCGCGCGCUCUCUCUCUCUCUCUCUCUGUCUCUCUUCGGUCACGAAACGGUGUGUUUGUCGUCGUCCACUAUGUAAUCCUUAACUCUCACAGAAAGGAUUCACAAGAAGUUCUUGGAAUGCCACCGUUUGCCAUCCGAUACCACACCCACCUGUCCCGUUUCUAACACCAUUCUCAUCGUUUUGGUUCGUACGACACCACACGGRUUGCUACCACCUCGCUACCCGUUCGUUCGCGAAGUACGCUCCCGUGGGGGGAUUCUCCAUGGUAGCAGGGAGGAAGGCGUUUCUAGCCCCCUCCGCUGGGCUCCGUGGCCCACGGUGGCUGGUCAUAUCCGUGUCRCAGUAGCCCGGACAACAGCAGUUGACGGCGAUACCGUUUGCCUUUUCCUCGCGGGCGAGGACCUUGGUGGCGGCAAUGACACCUAGCUUGGACAUGCCGUAGUUCGAGUUCGAAAAUCCUUCCCCGCGGUGCGUGCCUCGCAAGACAGCGUCCUCGAAGCCGGCCAUSAGGCCGUUGAGCUCUUCUAUGGUCAGGGCCGGAUCGGAAAAUCGUUGCUGCAGCUYGGGAGACACCUGCGAGAGCCGCCCCGCCAUCGACGCCACGUUGACGAUGCGCGGAUCCGUGCCCCUCCGCAGAAGCGGAAGCAUCGAUUGCGUAAAUCCGAGCAGUCCGUAGUAGUUGGUUUCUAGUGUUUUCUGGGUCUGGUCGCGAAAAGGGGUCGGAUCGGCUCCCUUGUAGGCAAAGCCGGCAUUGUUGACGAGAACAUCAACCCUUCCGCCGAAUUCCUUUUCCAUUCGAUCGGAAAAGGAGGAGUGGCUCUCGGCGUCUCCGAUGGUCAGCGGCAGCGAAUGAAUGGUCGGYGCCCCUUUGCCACCCGYGCCAAGACUGCUCUCGAUGGUUUCCUGGAUGGCGUUGCGGGCCGCGGUCCCCCGACCGGAAUCGCGGCACCCCAGUAUGAUGUCCGAAAAGAGUCCGGAAAGACCAAGCUGGAGGGCUAUGAAAUAUCCGAUGCCUUUGUUGGCUCCGGUCACCACGGCGAUGCGGGAUUUUGGUACCAUGCUGUGUUCUAAAGAUAGAGUAGUUGCUCAAUAACUAUCUGUAUUAUGGUAUAACUUGGUGUGUCUGUUGCGUGCGAAAAAUUUACUGCUAGUUUUCGGACUCGUGCCUUGUUCUAUUGCAAUGAUCUUUCGUGUCGUGUUGUGAUGAACAAGCAGACAGUAUCAGAUGGGUUCUUUCUCAAGGUUCGAGACAAGAUGUUCGAUAGGAUAUAAGAUAAGAAUAUUUGAUUCGAUCGAAUGAGUCAAUCGGAUCAAUCGGUCAAUCAYCGCACUAGGAUUGAGUCGAAUGAUUCAAUCAAUCAAUCAAUAUCAGUGAAUCUUUUUCCUUUUUCUUUUGUUCGGAUCCAGUUUUGGCGGCACCUCAGCAAUGCCUACGGUACCAGGUACCGUACCGUAUGGCCCGGAUCUGGAGUGUCAUGGAUUCUGUGCAUCUUGAUUUUCGUCGUUUUCGAUUCGUUCUUCGAUGGCUGGAUGCUUCGAUUCGAAACAAAGACGGGAGAAAACCCCGCGAGUCAUGGAUUUCACCGUUACUAUAGCAACUAAGCCAACCAAGAAGCAAACAAAGAGACAGUCAAAAAUGAACGAAUCGUUGUUUGGUAUUACGAUUGCUUUUCCGGAUCGUGACCGAAGGAAGCUUUGCAAAGCCAAGAAGAAGAAAACCAAACGGCGAAUUCUAUCGACGGUCCCUCUUCUGGCGAUGGCGAUUCAGACGACCAUAGGUCUCCUGCUGCUCAUCAGCAGCAUUCCCUUCGGCAGCGCGGAGGAUUCCGGUCCCGCUUUUGCCGAACGAGAAGCCCGAACGCUGGACUGUGGAAUGCGGGCCUUUGCGCUGGAGUUUGCRAAGGAGCUCCUCGAACCAAAAGACGGCGGUGAYUAUUUUCGCAACGAGGCCGACGCCGGGCGCGUUCUCCGGGACGUGAGCGAUGCCCUCGAGAUGCCCCGCCUCUGCCCGGAGGAGCGGGUCGAUGGGCGUCCACCGCAGCCCUCAAACCUUCGGCGCGCUCGAGUCAGCGACAGUGCCAGUGCCAGCGAUGCAGACAACGAAACCGACCAAACGGAAGRCACCGAUCUGGAAGAAUCGUUGCUGCGUUUAUCUUGCCACCGGAGCGCAACCUGCAUCUUCGUCGCACCAACCCCGGGGCACCCAUACCAAAACGAGGCCCGCGAGAACAGGAAAAAAAUCGAAAAUGGUUCCCUGGACCGUCCGUGGACCUCUUUGCACCGAGCACUGCAUCAUUCCCGAUCCUUGUCCAUCGGCGAGAAGAACAUCAGAAAUGCAGAGAACAUCACAAUCGUGCUUCGUGGAGGGAUUCAUUCGCUCGAGGGAGAACCCCUGGUGCUCUCCGAACCCGAUAGCGGGUUGACAAUCAAGAGAUUUCCGGGGGAAGAUUCCUGGAUCAGCGGCGGUGUGAGCCUUUCCAACGCUGUCUUUCGACCGGUCCAAGCCAUCAAAGAGGACGAACAGCGAACCGUUUACGUUGCCGACCUYACAGAGUUGCUAAAGGGUUGGAAGAUACCCAAAUCCCCGUCCCUGAUGUCCCGCACCCGUCGGUACAUCCGAGCCCGGCACCCGAACGGCGACCCGGAGGUUGUCGAUCCCAACUUCUUCCGAAGCGAYACGGUCCUCGAAUGGACCAAGCCAGAAAAAGCCGCACCCCCGGAAUUCGAGCUGUACGAUUUUGCCAAGGAUCCCCCGGAGGGCGUGCCCUACAAGAACGAUUCGGCCAUGGACGGGUACAACCAGUACGCCAGCGGCUCCGGGGGAGCAUGUGCCGAAAUCUGGGGCGAAUCCGCAGACAGCUACUGGUGCUCCAACKCCAGCCAGGGGGGCUGGGCCGAGGUGGACCGGGAAUGYGCAACCUCGGGCGAGAUGCAGAUCCCUGUUGGAAUGACCUACAACCGAUCCGACCCGUCUCUGGGUCCGCUGYAUUCGAAUGCCUCGGUGUCGASCUAUUYCUCGUCGAACCAGUUUUCGAUGGAGGGUGGCGUCGUCUUCGCCUAUCAUUCCCAGUCGUGGUCCGUGCACAUGUUCGAGAUUGCCUCGCAUUCCGCGAGCAACGGCACCAUGGCCUUCGCAAAAGGUGGCGGCAAGCAAGGCGGGCGGAAUUGGUGCCGCUGCGACCAGUGCACUUACGCCGGUGGGUGGUGCGGACAGCACGAGACCCCACCCRAUCCCGACGACACACGGUUGAUUGGGGGRAACUGGAGGAUCGAAAACACGAGGGCCCUUCUGGACCAGCCCGGGGAAUACUAUUUCGAUAGGGACAGCCGAAARCUUUACGUGAUCCCAAAUGCGACGAACCACCAAGACCUACGUGACUUGUCCCUYGGGCUGCUCACCGACCUCAUCAAGGUGCAAAACCGCACGGCACACGUCACCAUUGAGGGCAUUUCGUUUCGAGACCAGGCUGCGACCUUUCUAGAGGAGGGCUGGUCCGCCCCCAGCGGCGGUGACUGGGCCCUGCGCAGGGGCGGAGCCAUCCUGAUCGAGAACGCCUCCAACGUAGAGAUAAGGCGGUGUUUCUUCUUUCGGCUGGACGGAAAUGCGAUCUUUUUGUCGGGAAAGACCCACUUCGUAAAGAUAAGACGCAACCGAUUCGAAUGGCUUGGUGAGAGCGCAAUCGCCACCUGGGGAGACACGGACGGGUACGACGCCACGGGUGGAAACSUUCCGAUGCACACACUCGUUGAGGGCAACGUGAUGAGGGAGUUGGGAAUCUAUCAGAAGCAAUCGUCCGCGGUCGGCCAGUGCAAGGCUUCCCUCACUACCAUCCGGAACAACAUCAUGUUCAACAUGGGCCGAGCUGCCAUCAACUUCAACGACAUGCUMGGAGGCGGCGAUCUGGUAGAAAACAACCUGAUCUUCAACACCUGCCGYGAAUCCGGGGACCACGGGCCGAUCAACUCGUGGGACCGGCAGGCUUACCUCACCGACCUCAAAGGCAACACAAAGGGCUUUGUUCCGCUGCUCCGAACCAUUCGGAACAAUUUCAUCUUUGCCAACUAUGGGGCAUCCCAGGGGGUCGAUAAUGAUGACGGGAGCAGCUGGUACCACAUMCACCACAACGUCUUCUACCAGGCGGACGGCUUCAAGAUGGACUACGGUGGUCACGACAGUAUCUACGAAUACAAUAUGGCGAUGUCUCUUUGUGAGUGCAGUAUUGYCGUGUAUUGGUGUGUCCCAAAUGUUUAAUGGGUGUAUUGUGUAUAUGCAUACGGUGCAGACAUAGACUGUAGUGGCCGUAACAGUUGAUUGCGUUCUGAAAAAGCUCGUACUAACCAGGUUAUUGGAUUUGCGCUUGAACGGAACGUUGCGCUUCCUCUCUUGCUCGCUCCCUCUUGGUUUGUUUGUUUGCUUGUUUGUUUGCUUGCUUGAUAUUAUCAUCAGCCUACAACGGUGGCCCCUGCUUUGGUAUGGGCAGUUUUCUAGAAGGCCACGGGGACGUUCUUCGUGGCAACCGAUGCCUACUAGGUGUUGGCAACACCAAACACAAUGCGGAGAACAAAGCGGUAGGUAUAAUSUACAACAAAUGGAGAUCAGAGGCCUUACAAGAACACUAUGGCUACCCARCGAAACGCAAGGGCAGUGGUACGGGAGAAGGGGAACCCAACUUUGUCGGACGACUCUGGGGAGGAUGUGAGGAUUCCCAUGUGACCCUGGAAUCGAACGAAUACUACACGCCGRAUGGAGUCGCAGUACUUGGAUGCGGAAAUGACUUUUACAAYCUUUCUGAGGUGGAAGCGAGGUUUGGACUUGAAGGCAACUCAACCGUUUCGUUGUUGCCUGAAACGGGUGUAAUCCUGGAGUGGGCUCGAUCGACGUUGGGAUUUGCUCCAAACACCAAUACCGCUCACCACGAGACGAUAUCCUCACAUGCAAGCCCGACUAACCUGAGUUAGAAAAGAAGGAACAAAACGAAUAAAUGGAUAAACAAAGC